AUGUCAGAGUCACCACCUCCUUGUAUUGGAGGUACUCCCUUGAGUGAGGUCUAUGACUGUGAUUUCAAGGAACAGGAGCUCAAAGAUGACUCCAAGAAAAGAAAAAUUGUGUCAAGAUUGAAGGAACUAAUCCGAGUUACGCAUGGUACACGCGUGAAGGGACCUCCAGACGAUGAUGGCUUCUCUUGGAGGAAAUUUGGACUAAAAGAAAUUCUCGGCUCAAAAUAUCCAAGGACCAUUGGAAAAUCAAGACCAAGGAACCUCUUCUGUAUGUUCCACGUAUUGGAAAGCAUUUCAAUGCUGAACUGCAAUACCUCUUUGGUGGCAAAGCCACAGCCCUCUGAACAAGCAAUCAGAAUGCCAGAGUCGCAACCUCCUCGUGUUGGAAGUACUCCCCGUAGUGAGGUCCAUGACUGUGAUUUCGAGGAACAGGAGCUCAAAGAUGACUCUAAGGAAAGAAAAACUCUGUUAAGAUUGGCGGAACUAAUCCGAGUUCCGUCUACAAGCUUGGAGGUAUCCCCAGACGAUGGCUUCUCUUGGAGGAAAUAUGAGCAAAAAGAAAUUCUCGGAUCAAAAUAUCCAAGAAGCUAUUACUGGUGCAUCUCCGGAAAUGCACAAGGUUGUCUGGCUCAAAAGCAAGUUCAGCGAUCUGAUGACAACCCAACAAUCUUUGAGAUGACUUACCACGGACGGCACACUUGUACUCUAGGCUCACAUGUAGUGCCUUUUCUAGGACCCUUGGAAAAUCAAGACCAAGAAACAUUUUAUGCUUCGCCCAAGAUAUCCGGUAUUACAUAUUGCUCCACGAGCCCAUCUCCAAGUCCGAGCGGGAUGAACCCUAUCAUGCAGGAAGACAUUGACUUUUGA